GACCACACAUCAGCCACAGUUCAGUUCUACAGGAACCAACUGAAGUCUAGGAUCAUGGGCAAGAUCAUCUUUUACGAGGACAGGAACUUCCAGGGUCGCUUCUAUGAGACCAGCAGCGACUGUGCAGAGCUCACCUCCUUCCUGACCAGGUGUCACUCCUGCAGGGUGGAGAGCGGCUGCUUCAUGGUCUAUGACCGCCCCAACUACAUGGGAAACCAGUACUUCAUGAGGAGGGGCGAGUACGCUGACUACAUGAGCAUGAUGGGAAUGUCUGACUGCAUCAGGUCCUGCCGUAUGAUCCCCAUGCACAGGGGAUCCUACAGGAUGAGGAUCUACGAGAGAGAGAACUUCGGUGGUCAGAUGCAUGAGUGCAUGGAUGACUGUGACUCCUUCAUGGAUCGCUAUCGCAUGUCCAACUGCAUGUCCUGCCAUGUGAUGGAUGGUCACUGGCUGAUGUACGAGCAGGCCCACUACAAAGGCAGGAUGAUGUACCUGAGACCUGGAGAGUACAGGAGCUUCAGGGAUAUGGGAUAUGGAGGAACCAAGUUCAUGAGCAUGAGGAGAAUCAUAGAUUCCUACCACUAAAUACCAAUAAAGUUAUUCAUUCUCUUUUC